CAUUCAAUUUCAUCAUCUUCUUCCCUUCACUUCACCCCGUUUGAUUCAUUCUUCCCUUUCCUUUAAUGCUUAAUCUUUGAUUCCCCAAAAAUGGGUUUUCUACUCAGAAAAACCUUAUCAGAAGACUGUGAUGAUCUUGAUUGUUACCAGAUCUGUACUUCAUCUUCUUCUUCAGCAACAUCAAAGUGUUUCAGAUUAUGUUCUCAGCACUGUGACCAUGGAAACGAUGUCGUCUUCCCUCCUCCGACGACGAGCCAUCACUCAAAGUUUCCCACUAAGUAUCUGAUAUCAACGCUCACAAUUGUCUCGUUUUCGUUUUUGAUCCUUUGCCUUUAUGUUUACAUUAUUCGGCGUCAUAGACGGCGGUCCGGCGGUGUCACCGGGAGAUCGGAUUUGGAGCGUGAAACGACUGAAACCCACGACGUGUUCCUCGAUGAAGAUCACGGUCCGGUCCUCGAUCAUCACAUAUGGUACAUCAACACCGUCGGUUUACAGCCUUCGAUCAUCGACUCGAUCGCGGUUUUUAAAUACAAGAAAGACGAUGGUGUUAUUGAAGGAACCGAGUGCUCCGUUUGCUUGACGGAGUUCGAAGAAGAGGAGAGGUUGAGGCUGUUGCCCAAGUGUAGUCAUGCUUUUCACAUCCCUUGCAUCGAUACUUGGCUUAGAUCGCACACCAAUUGUCCCAUGUGCCGUGCACCCCUUGUUUCUGCUAACAACGGACCGUCUUCUUCGAGCAUCGUAACCGAAGUUUCCGAGGAAACCCUAGUUCCUAUCCCCGAAGAUGAUGAAGAAUCCGAAGGUGGAAGUGGAACAAGCCAUGAAGAUGAAUCAGCAGCUGUUGAAAAUGAAGGAAAUUCAGGGGUUGUUCAACUUGAACCUAUAAGAAGAUCAGUUUCAUUGGAUUCCAUGGCAGCUUCUCGGAUCAGCGAGUUCAUUGCCGGUGGAAGCAAUUCCUACAACGAAUCGAAAGAAUCGAGCUUGAGAAUUGUACCGAAGAGAGUUACCGGGAAUCAUCAGAGCUUGUUGAGACUAAUGUCAAUAGGUCGAUCUUUGCAAAUCAGGCCAAUUUUCAUGAAAAGGUCAUUUUCAUGCAAUGGGAAGUUCUCCUUGCCUAUCAACCGGAACCGGAAUCCAGCGAUGAGAAGCUUUUGAAAGGUUAGUUGGUCGACGGGCGGCGUCUACUUUCAGGUGAGACAUCUGGAAACUAAGAUGUCUAGCGAACUCUCAACAAUGAAGAGGGUUUUUAAGCUUUUUUAGCCUUAAAGUAGAAAAAAAUAAAUUGCAAUAAGUAACAAACAAGGAUCCUCUAUAAACAAAGAUGUCAUACUUUCAACUUCAUCAAUGGAAAUGAGCCUUUCCCUUUGA